CUUUGGUGCUAAGUGCUUUAAUUGAUAAAUUAUAAUUUCGUAAAAAUAUGACAUCACAAGUGCUGCAAAGAGUUGUGGAUGAAAAAUUUUACUUCAUCUAUACUCUUGCAACGGAAAUAUGUUUACCCGAACUUGCAGUGCUAACGUUAUUUGAUAAAAACCACCCGGCGGAAAGCUUUGGGACGUUAACGGCUUUAGAAUGGGAAGAUAUUGUGAAAGGUACCGAGCUGCAAGGGAAAGGACUGGAAAUUUUCAAUCGGAUUGCGGCAUGGAAAUUAGAAGCGAAUGUGUAUCCUGGUCAAUCGUGUAUACCGCCGCUUGAUCCGGGUAUGUAUGUUCUCCAGAUAAUACACGACGAUGCAGACGAUCUACCCCAUACGGCUAAUGCUGAAUCCACCGUUAAGGACCUUGACGAUACUGGAGACACUGUGGAAAUGCCACAAGAGCCGUGUAUAGCUAUGCACGACGGUAGUGAAACUGGUCUUUGCGAUUAUCAGGGACAGGAUGUUAGUGACUGUAGCGAACCGGAUUCGAACAAUAGUUGCGCUACGACGUCAAAAGUACGACAGAUGGUUGAGCCUUCUAUUGCUGCGAUUACAUCAGGAAUCCUACCACAAAAAAGCGUAGUUCCUGCUACUGCCAACACAUUAAUCUUCACACCAGAUGACCUCGGUUCCCUGUUGGCGAAUUCGGAAGUCGGGCAAUUCAUUCUUCGGAGUAGUUUAAAAGGACCACUAUCCAAGGAUAGCAAAAAGGAACUUGCUAGCAUCAUAGCAAGUCAUCACAUUUCUGGUUACUCCAACAACAUUGGGUUAUGCAGAUUACCGAAAGCAGUGCUGGAAAACUACGUUAAUUGCAUAAAACUACGGUUUCCUUCUGAAAACAACGAUAUGAUUACGUACUACAUUCCGGCUGCCCCUCCGGAAAGAAAAAAUCCUGGAGGAUCCAUCUAUCAAGCUUAUAAGCGCAUAAAAGGCACGAAACGUGACCGCGAACGAAAGGAACAUCAACAUGAGGCAACACUAUCAGCGAAUGAAAACCGAAACCAUUGUCGGGCCGAACAUUCUGAAGCUAGCAGGUGGCUUGUACUGAAUAACACACCUUGGGAAACAGUGACAAAAAUGUGGCAAAUGUCAGAAGCGUCCAGAUUCGAUCAUAUGAAAACUUUGAAACCAGCAGAGAUUAUUAUGAAAUAUCGCCACUACGCAGAACCUCUCGGAUAUCAGUUGUUUGAUGCCGACUACCACUCUCUUGGUUUUGCGGAAGGUAUCCAGAAUUGGACCGAAGUAGUAAAAAAAUUAAAACCUUAUUUUUUUCUCAAAGUGCAUGACCAGUUUUCUGCUGGUGUACUGGAAUACAUGAACCAGGAUAACGCCACAGAAGAUGCACUAGUUUGUUGUACGCUCAUACUCUUAAAUUGCUGCGUAAGACCGUGUAAAAUCAACAAAAAUGUUAGACCGACUAUUUUGACUGCUCAGGAGGAUAUCCUGUUGUUUACAGACAACGUAGAAAGCGGCGUGGAAAGUAUACGCGUAUUAUUUGAAUCGUAUGUAGCACAAAACGUUACUCCUCAUCCAAAAGUGAUUGCAAUUGGAUCCAGCUACAGAAAUCUCACUGGAGAGUUUUACGUCAUAUUCGAUCGUAUUCAAUAUAAAACUAAUUCAGCAGCCCGGGCAGUAGAUAUUAUUAUUAAGAUGUGCAAUGUAAUGAAACAACCGUUUUCAAAAGUCUCUAAACUCGUUUGGUAUACACUUGAGGAAGUCCUGUAUAAUAUUCGUGCGCCAGCGCAGUACAAAGAUGUUGAAACAAUAAAAAAGCUAAUAAAAUGAAUAAUUUAGUGAUGUGUUUCAAUACAGGAUGCCAACAGAAGUUUACCCGAGUAAAUGACUACAUUGUACACUUAAAAACGCACAAUCUUGAUAAGCCGCUUCGAUUAGUUUGUACAUUUACCCAUUGUACUCAAAAGUUUACGACCAUGUAUAGGUUUAGCCGCCAUCUUAAAACGCAUCUUUCCACUCGGAUCGAUACUAUGGGCGGUGAGCAAAUUCCAAAUAACGUUUUUGAAUAUCCUGCUUCAGUUGAUGUCCCUGCAACGGAACGUACGCACACACUGACAUAUCAAACCGAAGAUGUAGCAACUCCAAUUUCAAUACAUGAAUCACUGAAAGCUGUCGAUCAGAGGGCGCUCAGCUUUAUUCUGGACUUGCACAAACGGAGAAACUUCACUCGCAAAGAUGUAGUGCAGAUCCAAAAAGGGAUCAAAGAACUGUAUACUAACUUAGAGCAGCUCAUUCGUUUAUUUGCACCGGUAGCAGCUGAUCCUCAGUCGAAGUACAUAUUUGAUAUUGUGUUAGGUAGAAUAUCAACCAUGUUCGAUAUUAUUGAUACAGAACACAAGCUGUUCAAACACUUAAGAGAAUUAGAUUUGAUGAGACCUCCCCAAAUAUUGACUAUCCAAAGUGGCACGAUUACAGAAAUGAGCGGGAAUGAUGUUGAGCUAGAAAACAAAAAAACUUGCAUGGUACUGAUGGACAUCAAAUUUCAAAUCAAAAAAUUCCUUGAAAGCGAAAAUGUUUUAAAAGAAAUUAAGGAACAUACUAAUAAGGUGGCCGAACAAUCUAGCAUUUGCCACUUCGUGAAUGGUUUGAUUUAUCGAAGAAUUCAAUCUAAGUACAGUGGUAAAACAAUCAUUCCAAUUUCUUUAUAUACAGAUGAGUUUGAAAUCAACGACCCGCUCAGUUCUCACGCGAAAAAACAUUGCAUUUGUGGUCUCUAUUAUGGGUUUCCAACCCUCCCUGAACAGUACAAAGCAAAGCUAUGCAAUAUUUUUAUAGCAGGGGCCAUAAAAAAACAUGACAUAGCUGAGCAUGGAGUAGAAAAGUUUUUUAAACAUGUGAUCGAGAAAUUCAAGGAUUUGGAGUUGAACGGUAUUUUGAUCAAUGUAAAUGGCGAUGAUCAGCGAGUCUACAUUGUACUAAUGCUUGUUCAGGGGGACAAUUUGGGAAUUCAUCAAAUACUGAAGUUUUCCGGUUCAUUUUCGGCAAAACAUUACUGUAGGUUUUGCAAAAGAACAAAAGAUUUGUUGUCAACCGACGAUAAGGAAUGCAUAGAUGAUCUAAGGUCCCUUAAAAACUAUAAUUCAGAUGUUCUGAUCAAGCAAUCACAAAGUGGAUUGGUGGGGAAAUCAAUUUUCAACGACUUACCGUCAUUCCACGUGAUUGAGAAUUUGUACGCAGAUGUAAUGCAUGAUCUCUAUAGCACGGGUGUUUGUUAUUACGGAUUUGUAGAAAUCAUCAAUCAUUGCAUUUACAAAGCUAAAUACUGCACAAUAUCUGAUGUAAACAAAAGACGCAAAGAACUGAAUAAUUAUAGGCUGGAACAGGGACUAUCGCGUAUGCCAGAUAUUGAAGAAUCAACUAUAAAAUCAAAAAAGUGUGUUUCUUUGCGAAUGACAGCAAAUGAAAUGUACGUAUUUAGCAUUUAUUUUACUUUUAUUUUUGGUUCUUUCUUUCCUUCAGAUGACCCAGUUUGGAAAUACGCUACUAUUUUAAUUAGCUUGAUAGAUAUGAUUAACUCCCCAGUAUUUACUUCGAAUGACCUGGAUCAGCUGACAAGCUUAGUUAGCGAGCAUCAUAAAUUAUACAUUUCAUUGUUCCAACAAAGUCUUAAACCGAAGCAACAUUUUUUAACUCAUUACUCGAGGAUAAUUAAACACAGCGGCCCAUUAAAAAAAAUAAGUUGUUUUAGAUACGAAGCUCGACAUAGAGACUUUAAACAAUAUUUUGAUAAUACAUCGUCAAGAAAAAAUCCAUGUUAUACGAUGUGUGUUAAGGCAGGAUUAUUUUUCACAUAUGACAUUAUCAACAAUAAUUUUUUUAAAUCAGAAGCUGUUGCAGAAUUCAUGUAUAGCACAUGGGCAGAGAAAACUUAUUUUAACAGACUGACUACCACAUUUGAGAUAUCUAGCGAUGAGCAUAUCCAAACGACUAAGUCCUUAACAUAUAAAAACAUCAAAUAUAUAGAAGGGCUAUUUUUAACAGUUACCUUUGAAUCAAUCGUUGAAAUUUAUCAAAUAGUCGAAGUGGUUAAAUAUAAAUUGCAGUUAUUUGUAAUUGUUUGUCAAUGGUCUAUAAAACAAUAUAACGAACAUUACCAAGCCUUUGAAAUAGAUAAAAAAAACAGCAAUAUAAUGAUGAUAGGAAUAGAUAUGUUCGAUGGGCCUCCGUUUGCACUCGAGCAAGUAGGCAAUUUAGUUUUAUUCAGGAGAAGAACGUAUGCUUACGAAAAUUUUGAAUAAGGCUAGACUAGAAGAACGUGGAAACCAGUAAUAAAUAUGUAGAUA